ACACGAACACUCGAAAACAGUCAGGUUGGUUCGACGGCCACGCCACACCAAACAAACAGCAAAGCAGGCAGGGUCAGCGGGGUGGGAGGGUGUGUUGCUGGUUGGAGGAGUGUGUGUGUGUGUGUGCGCGCGCGUGCAUGCGGUUGAUGUGUUUGGUCUGCGUGUAGCUUCUUUGUGUUUUGGUUUGGUUUUGUCGGCUGCGUUGUUGUUGUUGUCGUCGUGCUGGUGGAUGCUCAUUUUCUUUCCUUCCUGCCGUGCCAUCGUCCUCUCUCGUCUCUCCUAAUCAACCAGCCAAGCCAGCAUCCUCCCCCUUUCCUCACGACCAACACGAUGAGCUCUGCCGUCCAGUUCCUCCGCGCCAACAAGGCCCUCCUUCCCCUCGCUGCGUGCGUCGCCCUCGGCACCGCCAUGGCCUCUGGUCACAUUCUCCGCAGGGCCCUCAGCGAUCACACCCUCGCCUGGACCCGUGAGAAGACCUACCCAUGGAACAACAUCAAGAGCACACAGAACACAAAGCUCCUUGGUCUCCAGGGCGACUACAAGCACGAGGAGGUGUUCAAGCCCCAGAGCGCCGAUGAUCUCCGUGGCAAGCUCUAA